AUGAGCUCCAAACGAUUAGCGUACCUCAAGGAAGAGGAAGCUAUGGAAGGAGUCGCGCGCUCCAUGCUUAUCGAGAAAAUGAAAGCCCGAAUCAAGGAACUAGAAGCAGAGCUUCAGAAAGAGGAGGAGAUUCAUGGCCAACUGAAAUCCGCAUACACCCACUGCCAAGAGGCUUCGAUGAAACACUACUCAAAUCGCACGGCGCUACCCGAGGCUGCCCUGCCAGUAGAAGUCUGUAUUGCUGUGCUAAAAGUUGCUGCCGACGAUCAACGAUGCAUCUGCCCAUUCGAUAUUAAUGCCAGCAUCCAGAAACUCGAAUCAAGGAAGAGGUCUCACGCACCGCGAUCCAAGGGCCAGAACAAUAAUACCGUCAGAAAAACCCCAACGAAACGAUCGGGAAGAACGAGAAAAGCGGAUGCACAUUCAUUUGAAGCUGUCGAAGCAGCUGCAAAAGUGGAUGCACGCGUCGUGGAGGCACCGGAAGAAGUUCCGCAGAGCAACACGAUUAUUGGCCGGCGCAUCCCGAAGAAGACGAUCGCAUUGUGCAAAAAGGAAAGGGAUCGAUUUAUGGACGAAAUGGAACUAUCCAGCAGCGAUGAAGAGCCAACGGCUUCCUCUUCGGAUGCUGCCGCGAAUUCAACCGAAGACCUGCCCACCGACAUUCCGCACAAGCCGGUCGCCGGAUCCUCUGAUGACGAAGAU